AUGAUUCUUGCCUUAAUUCUUCUGAUAUGUGCAUUUGAUUCGGUCUUGGCCCAGAGAACCUACUGCCAAUUGCCCGAUCCAAUUUUUAAUGAUGGGGUAAAAAAUUCAACUUGGGGUGAUGCAGAUCCUUCUGAUUGGAAUUAUUUGAACUCUAAUGACUGGAAAUCUAAGGUUGUUACAUGUGGUGCUAGCUUUUAAUCUCCCAUAAACAUAGUAACGACAACAGCCACAAAAGAAAGUACAUUCCCAGCAAUCAAUUAUAUAUUGAAGUCUUCAACCAAAAAUUACUUUGAGGCUCAGCGGGAUUAUACCAAAGAAUUAGAGGGAGAGUAUGAUUUCAUCACUGCAUUUGAUUUAUCCAAUUCGCAAUACAAGUACUAUGCUAGACAGUUCCAUAUUCACACGCCUUCUGAACAUCAAGUAGAUGGGAAAAACUUUGAUUUAGAAGUUCAUUUCGUGCAUCAAGCUGUUGAAGAUGGUGAAUAGAGUUGUAAUGACAUUAGAAACAAACUGACUGUCUUUGGACUGCUCUUCCAACAGUCCAACACUGCAACCGAUUAUGAAGUAUUCAAGCCAUGGUUUGAUGACACCGUAAAUAGAGUUACAUCUUUUGAUAUGAAUGACUUCUUCCAAAGAAUGACUGACAAAACCUAUUAUCACUACACAGGCAGUCUCACAACUAUACCUUGCUCUUAAACAGUGAAUUGGUAUGUUUUUACAUCCCCCUUGCCUAUCUCUAAAUCGCAAUUCAAGCAAUUCCAAGAUUUCCUCGACAAUGACGAUUACUUCCCUAAUAAGGCCAACAAUCGUCCCACCCAAAAUCUUAAUGGACGCACCUUAUACAAAGGAACUGCCUCUUUCAAUGGAGUGACAUCCCUUCCUGUUAUAGAAGCCUCUUGGAGCUCCAUCAUCCAGAUGGCUAUGCUAUUAUUAGUCUAAUUGAUAAUAACGAUAUGACAUAAAUUCUAUAGAUGAUCUAUUAUUUCAAAUGUAUAAUUUAAAUUAACCAAAUAAUC